AUGUCAGUACCUCGAAUGCUCCCAUUGACAGCGCUCCGCCCAAGACAGCUACUACCGGCCCUUUGCAUUGUGCUCACAGUCUGCCUCCUCUUCUUCUUCUUCCAACGCGAGUCCGAAUACACCGUUGUUGCCAGUGUCGUCAAUGACAGCAAUGCCAUCAACAGUACCAACGCCGACAAAGGCACACCCCCAGCUAUCGAAACCACGGAGCCGGUGCUAACGGAGCCGGUGCUAACGGAGCCGGCAUUAACGGAGCCGGCACCGAUGAAGCCGAAGUACAAACCGCAGCCGACAUGGAUCCCUCCGCCCGUCAAAGAUCCUUUCCCCCUCCUCUCGCUGACGAACCCGCCACCGGUCCCGUCAUGGAAUCAGCCCAAGAACCCCAACAUCUACCACGUGUACGGCUUGCCCGUCGCACCGCCGCUGCUCAUCGGCUUCACGCGCAGCUGGCCAAUGCUGCUGCAGACAGUUGUAGGGUACAUUACAGCUGGGUGGCCGGCGGAGCAGAUCUUCGUAGUGGAGAACACUGGCGUGCACGAUGCGAAUGCCAGAGGACGGCUAUCGCUACAGAACCCUUUUUACCUGAACUAUACACAACUAGAAAUGCUGAACGUUACCAUCGUGCGUACGCCUGUGCUGCUAAGCUUUGCACAGCUCCAAAACUACUUUGUUUCUGUGGCAAAGGAAAAGUUGUGGCCGUACUACUUCUGGAGCCACAUGGACUCAUUCGUGCUAUCGUACGAAGAAGGAAUGGAGGGGAUCUCGGGCCCGGUUGGUACCCCUGAAUAUCAGACGAUUUACGAUCUCGCUAUAAAGGAGCUGAACUAUACGAUACACUCCAACCAAAAGUGGGGAGCAAGGUUCUUUGCGUACGAUCACUUUACUUUAGUGAAUCCUAGCGCCUAUGAUGAAGUUGGUGGGUUCGAUACUUUUAUCCCGUACUACAUGACGGACUGCGACAUGCAUUGGAGGCUUGAAGAGGCAGGCUGGAGCAUUAAAGAGGCAAAGGCGGGCAUUGUUGAGGAUGUCGCACCCAAAUCCACCGCCGCCGAAUGCCCCCCCGAGGAGACCGAAAAACGCAGUGUCCGUCAGCUCAGCACGGGUGGAACCACCACCAGCGCAGAUAACAAGGCCUCGGACUCUGCGAAAGAGACGAUGACCGUCGCCGAAGCUCUUAAGUCUUUUAAGAAGCUUUAUCAAAUCAGCCACGAUAUGUUGCUUCACAAACAAGGAGAUCGUGGGCGGAACACGUGGCAACUGGGGCAGAGGGGAGGAGACCCCCGCGAGCCAUAUUACUACGACGCUCUUGGGUUCCAGGUUGGAAUAGAUGUCAUGACAGAAGCCGGGAGAGAAGCGUUCCGCAGAAAAUGGGGGCACCAGGGAUGUGAUUUUGGAGCAGCUGGCCUCAAACCUGGCGAUGCUUGGAAAGUCGAAAAGGACUGGGAGUAA